CUGACGGCCUUUAUUUGUUAGCGUUAUUAUAUCACGGGGUUGCUUUGUGUUGUUGAAAUGCAUAUUGUUUUUAAACCGGAAGACGUAAUGUGUGGAGUGGGGGAAGGCAGCAAAGCCCUGACACUCCCAGGGCUGCUGUGGGGCGGUGUAGAGCCGCUUGUGUCGAACCCGUGAGCCGUCAGAUGUUGCUGAACUACCACUCUCUUCAUCCCUUAGGCUGAUGGGAGUUGGGUCGGUCCCCCAAAACAGCUGGAAGGCCCCACCCUUGGCGUUGACGCAGGCAGAGCUUUAUUAUCCCUCCUAAACGUGGGCAGGAUAGUAAUGGUGGACUCCUAGCUCCACCCAGAGACAGUUUAAGGCCACUGCCGACCUACUUUGCACGAGAAAGCAAGCGUUAUAGCAAGACUGCAUGAAUAUGUGGGCUCCCUGAGAGGUUUGACUGAACCAGGAUGUCUUGAAGCCAUUUUGGCUACAGCUUAUGGUUAGUGAGGAGAGCACUUAAGCAGUUUGCCUUAGUUUGGCAGUGAAAAGGAGCAAAACAGAUGUGGGCUCCUCCAAGCAUGGGCACGCUGGUGCUACCGGUAUCUCGUCCAUAGUUUGGCUUACAGUGUCAUGCGAACCAGCUCCAUGACACUAGCCAAACAGAGACCUUUUUGUCUAUCACUGCUGACAGAUUUUCCCAUAUCACUGUGGUUAAAUCAGUUGAGAAAGUACCAUGUUGCCAUAGGUCUGAGCAUUCUGGAUACAUAUCUAGGUAUCCAGCUGAGAGUCUCAUGAGACUUAUUAAAUAUACAGGUACAUGCAAUGUUUCACAUGGGCUGCUAACUUUAGAGCCAACUUCUGUAACUGUGCCUUACUUUUAAAACAAGCAAACAAACCUUGAUGUGUAAACAUUCGCAGUGGUAGUGUUAAACUCUGCUUGAAGAUCCCCUCCUUUAGUUCCUUAGAUGGCUGCUUUAUUGUCUCUUCCAGACCUGGAAUGCCAGUAGUACAUGUUGAAAAGAUCUAGGAGUCUUAGUAGACCACAAGCUUAACAUGAGUCAACUGUGUGAUGCAGCAGCAAAAAAGCUAAUGCUAUUCUAGGCUGAAUCAACAGAAGUAUACUGACUCAAUCAAGAGAAACCACAGUCCUGUUCUACUUUGCCUUGGUCAGACCACACCUGGAAUACUGUGGCCAAUUCUGGGCACCACAAUUUAAGAAGGAUGUUGACAAGCUGGAAUGUGUGCAGAGGAGGGUGACCAAGAUGACCAGAAUAUGGAAACCAAGCCUUACGAGGAACAGUUGAGGGAAUUGGGUAUGUUUAGCCUGGUAAAGAUGAGAUGGAAGAUGGAGCAAGCUUAUUUCUCCUGCUCUGGAGGCUAGAAACUGAACCUAGUUACAAGAAGGAAAUUCCAACUAAACAUAAGAAAGAACUUUCUGAGAGUAAAAUCUGUUUGACAGUAGAACAGACUCCCACAAGAGGUGGAAGACUAUCCUUCCUUGUAUUUUUUUAAAGCAGAGGUUGGAUCUAUGAUCUAGUUGAGAUUCCUGCAUUGCAGGGAGUUGGACUAGAAUCAGGCAUCCCCAAACUGCGGCCCUCCAGAUGUUUUGGCCUACAACUCCCAUGAUCCCUAGCUAACAGGCCAGUGUUGGGGAAGAUGGGAAUUGUAGUCCAAAACAUCUGGAGGGUCGAAGUUUGGGGAAGCCUGGACUAGAUGAUCCUUGGGGUCCCUUCCAGCUCUACGAUUCUAUAAUUCUGUGAAUACCCCAAAGUACUUAUUGGGAAUGAAAAGUCCCAAAGAGCAGCCAUGUGAACUGCCCAUGCUUCAAAUCUUGUGGUGCCUGAAUUAAUUAACAAUCUGUUUAAGAUCAGAGUUGGGCACUGUAUAUCGGAGACCAUUGAUAAUAAAUCUAACAGAAUUGUCUAGUAAAGGUGAUGGCUAUUUCUAGAUGAAGCUAGCUUGGGGAGAAAAGGUGACUUUUUGACUCUUAGUGAUAGUGUUGAAACAAGUAUGAUAUGUUAUUGAAAGAGUCUACAACAAAAACCUUUAAAAGACACACUGCUUUCGUUAUUUCAGAACCCUCUCCAGGGUUUCAGACCAGGGACAUUCCUAGCCCCACUAAGAUGCUGCAAAUUGAACAUGGGACCUCCAGUACAUGAGACAGAUGCCCUGUUGUUGAACUAUGACCCUUCCCCUUAAAGUGGGAUGGAACGUGAGAUCUUUUGCAUGAAAAUUCUAUGCUGCUCCACUGAACUUCAGGCCCUCUUCUCAGUCUGCAGCUGAAUGUAGCUAAGUAGCAGAACUUGAACCUUGUAGUGAAUAUUGUCCCCCUCCCAUCAAAAUGGCACUUCUGCCAUGCAGAAAAGUUCACACCAUAAAAUGAAUUUACUGUACACAAUAUUUCAAUAUAGAUCUUUUCAUAAUUGAUUAUUGCAUUUAGAAGAGAGUUACAGGGCUUUUCAGUAAGCAUCUCAUUUAACAGCCUACAAUUGAGUCACUGUCCUUUAUUAUUUCAGUACAUUGGAACAGUGCUCAGAUUAAAUUUGUAUCAAUUUAACAGAUCACUGCAGCAAAUUCAGCAUUAUUUGAAAUCUGCUGCCCUCUUUAGCCGAUUUAUAUGAAUUUUCCAAGCAAAGGGUGGUUUUGUGAAGUGGAGAGAGAGAGCAACCAGUUUUAUUUAUCUGCAGACUAAGUAUUUAGUAAUUAAUCCAAUGUGAACCUGAGAGAAUAAAACAACUGUAUGCCUAAAAUGGUUUCAACUAUGCAUUCUCUUCUAAUGCUCUAAUACUGUUUCACAUGAUCUAUUACUGUAUGAGUUUGGGGGAGAGGGAAUUGUUUUGAUUGCUUUGAAGAAAAGGUACAGUAAUGGCUUUGUGAAAGCUGGUUGCAGAGCAAAUUGAGUUUGAUGGAAGAAUAGUAAUAGAUUGUGAAGUGGAGGGGACAAUUGCUUAGACUAAAGCAGCAUAAUUGAUUAUAUUCGAGAAUAUACAAUUGUGGAAUUAAAAUCUUAAUGCCCAAGUAAGAUAUAUUUUGGUUUGUGGAAACAAACUGUGAGGCAGGAGACUACCCAUAAUUCUAUAAAAUGACUAUUACUAGAAUUUGCUGCCCAAGACCAGGAAGAUGUGACCCAGGAAGAGUCUCACAAUCUAUUUCUUUGCAUGUUUAUUAAAAAGUUAGCCCCACUGAGUUCAAAGGGUCCUAUACAUACAUAGGUCUGCAUAGUGUUGCUGUUCAAAGGUUGACAUCAUUUGGAAGAAAGUGAGAACUAGGAUCUGCCUUAGGCCUAAAUCCAUGGGGCAUUAUCCAACUAACUCAUUCCAUCAACACAAGAAUUUGUUUGUUUGUUUGUGCAUCACAUGUCUAGCACCAUUCCCAAAUUUGCUCCAGAGGGUUAUGGGAACCCCCAAAACAUAUUUGCAAGGCACAUAGGGGCAGGAGAGUAGGGGAAGUUCUGUUGCACAAGAAGAUUUUCCUGCACUGAUGGAACAAGUUAGUUGGAUACCACCCACAGUUAUUGACGUCAGAUUGAAGGACAGGUGAAUUAUGUGUUUCAGUGAAUUUCUAUGUUCAUCCACUAUAAAGAGUGUAUUUCCCUCCACUGUCCCCAUUGUCUCCCAUAGAACACCUAUAUGUGUGCACAUAUGAAUUCCUAUUGUCUAGCAGGCAGCUUUCUAAUUCUAUACUGUUCAUAUGCAGAUUGCUGGGGUAAAUAGCUUUCAUUUUGUAUCUGUCUUCAGGAAUGAUGGGAAAUUACAAGUGUGCACAUGUGACUUGACUGACUGAUGUGACCUGGAAGGCAUAAUGCACACCCAAAAAAAUCCCACAGCUGCAUUUUGUGGUAGCAGAGUGUGUGAAUCCUUUACAUCAGUUUUGCUGCAAAUUCUCUUUAACUUUGGUUAUAUAAAAGCCCACUGCAUAAUGGGUGCAGUGAGGCAGGCCAUCUCAUGGCAGAUUUCGGAGUUCCGUUAAAAGGCAGAAAACCAUCAAUAUUUAUCAGCACAUAUUAUCUUUUUCAUCUCAAAAGUUUCUGGGCCUACCUAUUUGGGAUGGUAGCCAAUGCAUUUUUUCCCUAAGGAGCUUGUCUUGGGAGUGUAGAAAGAUGCUUUAUACUCAGUCAGACCCACUGGCCAAUCUAGUUCAGUAAGGUGUAUUCUGCCUGGCAGCUUUCUAUGUGUAGACCCAAUACUGUCUGCUGUACUUCCCAAGAGAGAGAGAGAAAGGCAACAGCUCCUCUCUGGAGCUAGCGCAACUUGCAUAUAACCACUCCCACCACACCUGCAGCCGCUCCUGUGGAUUACUCUGUGCUGAGAAACCUGACACCUUCCAGACGUGUUUGGACUAAAUCUCGCAGUAUCCCUGCCUGGCUGGGGAUGUUGGGAGUUGGAAGUGCAGCAACAUCUGGAGGGAAACACACUGUCUACCUCUGCUUUAAACUCGACGCUCUCUAUUUGGGUAAAGCGCUGGAUACGAUCGUGCCCGGUAGCAGCCUAUGCUUCAGUUGCCCAGAGAGAGGGCUCAGCUCGUUGGCCCCAGAGACCCCAAUGGUCGGUCCCAACACGCCCUCCUGUGGCGCUCGGACCCCCAGAACUUGCCCACCCGACCCGCUUUCCCUUUGAUCGCUCUCCCUGUGCGGCCACGCAGCUUUCCUGCGCCCCGGAGAAGCCACCCGGGGAUCGGGCAGCCAGCUCGUUUCCCAAGGGAUGCGCUCUCGCGCUGCAUGGAAGGGGCGGGGGAAGAGGCGUGCUUCCGCGCCUGCGCGUUUCUUGGCGGAACUGUGAGCCGAGGCACCAGCAGCCGGCGGUCCGCUGUUGCCGGUGCACCUCGGUGCCUUGCAGUUGGCCGGGUUGUCGGUUUCUUGCUGGUAGCCACUGCCGAGGAAAGGCGGGACGGGCGGGGGCGCGUUUUUAUUACAGAAAGCAAUCGGUCGGAGGAUACUUUCCUCUUAGCUGCCAGGGGCGAAGAGGGGUUUAUGUGGGCGCCGCUGCCUAGGCUUACCCUGGUCUCCCAGCAACCGGCCGUUAUACCCUAGCCCGGGCUCCGGCCUAACGGGCUCCGGCGGUUGCUGCUCGGGAACCGGAGCGGACCCCGUAGCGUCUUUCCAGCAGGUGGCUGGCUGGGAGUCGCCCCACCCCCCUCCUCGUCCAAGGCUCUUAAAUGUGGCUGGGUCGGAGGGAGGAGCUCAGCGCCUCCGGCCAAAACUCCAGGGGGGCUUGGCAAAGACGUGUUGGGGGGAGGGGCUGGCUUUAAUUCAAAAGCUUUGUGGCACCUUAGCAGCUCAAAUUUAUGUUGCCGUAAAUGUCUGAAAGGUGCCCCGAGAACCACCACGCCGGGGUGGGAGCAUGUUUGUGCAAUUGACUAGAUGCCAUUACCCUGUCGAGUUUGGCUUGCCAUGGUGGGUUGAAGAACGGUGGUUACAUAUGGACCAGCAUUGCCAGGCAUAACCCAUAAAGAUAUUAUGCAGGAAAGGGGUAGCAAAGUUGGAGUAAAUGAGGAAUUGUUUAAAAAGGAUAUCCAUGUGUAUGGGUAUAGGUGUUUAAAAGGUCCUUUAAAAGCUGUGCUGUACUUUAUGGAUGAUGAACCUCCAGUUUAUCUCCCCCCCCCCCCAUGAUGGGUUCCUUGCCUUUAGCUAUUGCGAGACUUGCAGAAAUUUAAGUUACAAAUGCUUCCAUUGCACCUUCUUGCUGGACAAUGUUCCAUUGAUGAAUGUUUCUCUGUCCAGUUAAAGUCAGUGGACUUCAGAGACAGUGGACCUAUAGACAUUAUGAGAGGGAAGCAGCUGUGAAGGGGUUGGAAAGUUGGUGGGUUAUUUAUUAAAAUCCGAGCCAAUGAUUUUUGCUUGUUACCGUAGAUUAUUCUACAUGUUUCUUUUACCUUCUCAUACAGGAUUUGCGUAACAUUCACCCUGCCUGUUCAAAGAGCACUGGAAAAAAAUGAAGACUGGAAUUAUCUGAUAAGAUUCUCAACAUCACACCUUGCUAGAGAUCUGUAUCACUUCCACCGCCUAGCAGGGUUGAGGGAAAAGGAAAUAAUUAAUGUGAGAACUUUGCUUCCACUCUUACUGUUGAUUCUUCAUUCAAAUCCACUUCCUAGUACUUUUUUUUGCUAUUAGAUGCCUGAGUGUUAACCAUCAUAAGUAAGUAAAAGUCUGGUGUUCCCAGAAUGGACUGCUCUAGUUCUUACUCAGGGGAAGAUGGUGGCCAGAACACAUCUCAAAGCCAUAGUGGUGAAGAUGAGCGACAGUGGCAACAGGAACGCCUUAAUAGAGAGGAAGCCUAUUACCAAUUUAUUAAUGAGCUCAGUGAUGAAGACUACAGGUUAAUGAGAGAUCACAACCUUCUGGGGACUCCAGGAGAAAUAACAGCAGAUGAGCUGCAGCAACGUUUGCAAGGUGCAAAGGAGCAUUUGGCAUCCCAUUCUGACGGAGAAAAUAGAGACUGGGAAGGAGGUACUGUCGGAGAUGCAGAAACUGUUGGGGAAAAUUCAACUAACAGCUCGCUGCUAGAGUGGCUGAGCACAUUCCACCGUACAGGAAAUUCCAGCCAUAGUGGACAGAGUGGGAACCAGACUUGGAGGGCUGUAAGCCGAGCAAACCCGAGUAGCGGGGAAUUUCGGUUUAGUCUCGAAAUAAAUAUAAAUCACGAACAUAACAGUGUUGACGCUCCUGGGGAAGAAUUUAACGGCUACCUUCUCGGUGAUCCCAAUGGAAGGCAGGUAGAGAAUAGGUCUCUGAUAGAAGAAAGUCCCAUAGCCAGCCGAACAAGGAGCAGGACAUUGAGAGAGACUGUUGGUCGUGCGGUUGCCUCGUCAAGCGCUGGCAACGUUAGUGGCUCAGUGACACAAAAUGCCGAAGUAGCAACUCAGUUAUUCCCGGGCAGACUCAGAAACAGAAGCUCAGCUGGCCUUGCAGCACACAACAACGUCUUAGAUGACAAUGAACACAACAUUAUUAGGCAAAGGAGAGUUCACAGAGUCUCGUCAGUGACAGUUCACAGAAGGAGAGCUAGAACUCGGAGGAAUGCAAGGCAAAGGCCAGAAGUUUUAAGACUAAGAUCAACAUUCAGCAGUCAGUUUCAGUCCCAUUUGGAAAGAAGGCAACGUAUGAAUGCACAGCAAAUCCCUAGAAGGUCUGGCCAGGCACAAACAGCCCAGCCUCCUCCUGAGCAAGGUGAGGACCAAGUGCCAACACUGGGCAUAACAUUGGAAGAGGAGGAAUCUACCAGACCCACAACUGCACCUAGAAGACUUCCUAUUAUUACAUUAGACCUUCAGGUGAGAAGAAUUCGUACUGGAGAAAAUAGAGACCAAGACAGCAUUGCUACUAGAACUCGUUCGAGAGCAGGCAUGGCAGACAAUGCGGUCAGUUUUGAAAGCGAUAGGGAGGGUUUUCGUCAGACUGUUUCACGAUCUGAACAUGCGGGCAUACGGACAUAUGUUAGCACCAUACGGAUACCCCUUCGUAGGAUAUCUGAAAUUGGGCUCGGGGAAUCUUCAUCGGCGGCUCUUAGAUCAAUUCUAAGGCAAAUUAUGACUGGGUUUGGAGAGCUAAGUUCCUUAAUGGGCACCGAGUCAGAAUCCGAAGCUCAGAGGAGUGGUCAGCACUCGGCAGACAUGCAGUCAGAACUGUUUAAUGUACACACUCUAAACAGCAUUGGUGAGUUCAGUGAAGCUUCUCUUCGAAGCAGGCCUGCUGAACAAGGUAGCAGAGAAUGGCAUGGAGAAACCAAUGCGACCCAACACUACAAUCAAAGUAAUGAAGCUCAAGGUAACCGACAGUUUCAAGAUGCAAACAGUUUUGUUGAAAGUGGAACGCUUCCCAUCCUUCGUCUUGUACCUUAUCUUUUAUUAGAUGAAAGUACUAAUGACCACUUGAGGGGGUUAACCAAAGAACAAAUUGACAAUCUUUCUACUCGCAAUUAUGGGCAUCUUGGUGCAGAAGAGGGUGAAAUAAGCAAGACCUGUAGUGUUUGCAUUAAUGAAUAUGUUUCAGGAAACAAGCUAAGGCAGUUGCCAUGUAUGCAUGAGUUCCAUUUUCACUGUAUUGAUCGCUGGCUUUCUGAGAAUUCCACUUGCCCAAUUUGUCGACAACCUGUAGUAGCUUAACAUUGCAGGCAGUGGAUAAUUCCUCACAAUUUUGAAUUUGUGUACUCCAUUGGGAGCCUGGUGGUAUUUUACUAACUUUGAAUAUGAGGAGUGUGUGUGUGUAAAACAAGUUUAAAAUUGGAAGUGACCUCACUACAUGUGGCAGUGAACCUCUCUUCUCAAAAGGCAAGUGUAAGGGUGAAGAUCAAUCUAAUAGGCCUCAUGCGAUUAUAUUUUUCUAUAUAAUUCCCUUAUAUAAAGCACUUCUGUAAUAUAGAAACGUAAUCGUUUGUGUUAACAGUAUGAUCUUUAUUGAGAUUUCAGUUUUUGUGAAGUUGUUGAAAUAAUCUUUUGUUAACCAUUUGCUCUAUGAGCGAUCCUUUUUUAUGUUGCAAAAGUAACUGGAAACCUGGGCAUCUGGCAGGAGGUACUUUAAAUAGAGUAAGUGUUUUGAUUUAAAUAUGCAGUGGAUAUUUUUAUAGAAUACCCUGCCCAUUUGGUUUUAUUAAUUUUAUAGGCAGUUUUUGCAUGUUUUAUACAUGGCUUACUGUUGCCCAUUAACCUUUACAGUGGAUGUGGUUCUUGGGGUCGACUGAAAUUUGUUUCAGAGGCCUGACUUAGACAGACUGUUUGUUUAGCCAUGAGAUUACAUUAGAGAACUAUUAAUUUAUGUUCGCCAGUUCUACAUUGACCUCAGAACGUUGCUUAACGAAUACAGAAGCAGUAUGUUUAGGUUGCUCAGACAUUUAAGCACAUUCCAAUUAGUUUUUUCAAAAUAAUAAUAAUUAAUUUGAUGGUGGAAUAGUGCCAUGGAUAAGUAACUUGCAAGCACGAUUUAUGUUUCGUUUUUGUACAUUUUGUACAUUUUGUUGUAAGACAGUCUCUUCUGCACAGUGUACAAAUGAAACAUGUAAUUUUGGACCGUGGAAAGUUUUCUGAGAAUCAGAUGCCAUCAACUGUUAAGGGAAAGAUGUAUGCUUAUUACAAAAAUGCAAAAGAAGCUGUAUACUUGGACCUUAAAGCUUAUACCAAUACCUGACAAAAUAAUAAAAGUGCAAGAACAAAACAGAUGUGUCACUUAUUUGCGUAUCUCUUAAAAGCUGAAUGAGAAGGAGAAUGUCCUUCUUAAAAAAUGGAGCCUGCAAUGCCUCUUUUCUUUAGCUGUAACCCUCAAACCAUUCCAGUUCAUUGGACCUAGGUUGUAGUAGGCAGCAUAAGGAACAGUGCUUCCAUUUCUUACAAAUUUACAUGAAUUCUUAGUAACACAUGCAAAUAUGCACACUUGUAGAGAGACAUGGUUUUAUCCAGCUAAAUAAUGGUAUACUUGCAGAACUCAUUCAGCACACAACAGAACUUCUCCCUCCCUCAUUGCAAAGCUGUAAGACGCAUCCCAUGAUGUUGGAUAGGUCUCUCGUAUCUUGUAAAGAAGUCUUUCAGAGGAGUGGGGGAAGAAAUAUGAGUUGCAUGAACUUGUGCAGUUUUCCCUAAAGCAUUGCACACAUGGAACAACUUGAACUUACCCUCCUCCUCUUUUUUGGUGCAAGUAAGACAACUAAGAGGUGACAUGAUGGAAGUGUAUAAAAUGAUGCAUGGCUCAGAGAAAGUGCACAAGGAGGGAAAUUAUCUCUCUGCAUAACACUAGAACGGACUGACAUCCAAUGAAGCUGAAGAUUCAGGGGAGAAAAGAAGGUACUGUACGUCUUUACAGAGAGCAUAGUUAAACUGGGGAAUUCUCUUAAGAGGCAGUGGUGGCCAGCAACUUGGAGAAUAGACAAAUUCAUAGAGUAAAAGGCUGUCAACAGCUACUAAACCCUAAUGAAUAUGUUCUACCACCACAGUCAGAGGUGAUAUGCUUCUAUAUACCAGUUGCUGGAAACCACAGGGGAGAGUGCUGCUGUGCUUGUGGGUUUCCCAUGAACAUCUGGUUGGACACUGUGAGAACAGGAUGCCAGAGUAUAUGGGCCAUUGGCCUGAUCCAGCAGGACUAUUCUGUUAUUUAUGACUGGGAUCUAUGUCCUUAUUUAUGAGGAUCUGUGUACUAUUAGAUCUGCUGCAUCAUGAACACAAAUACACUUUCAUUAGAAAGUCCCUCCUUGCAACUAUUUUUGACUCUAAUCCAUCUCUGAGCUAGAUUACUGAUAGCUCAUCUCUUUGACCUUUACUCUGGAUGCUCAGGAAGUGAUUCUGCCCCAUUGAUUGUGUGUCAAGAGUCUUGUUAUCCUUACAUGCCUCCAACAUGGAGUGGGUGGGAGAUGGUAUUUUUAAAGGACCCUAAAAUUAGAAAUGGUCAUGAUGCAACUUUGGGCAAAUUUAAGACUACCAAUGCUGUUCUAAUCCACAACUGGAUUUGAGCCAAUAUAGGUUAUGGUCCUAAGCAUGGGUCUUUGAAAAUUGAAUUGCAGUGGAGUACCAUUUAAUUCAGAGCCACUUUCUUUCAAAUAAAUGCAUGUAGAAUCACCAUCCUAAACUCAAGUACCACUAUACUUCAAAAGAAGAAGAAGAGUUUGGACUUUAUAUCCCACCUUUCACUCCCCUUAAGGAGUCUCAAAGCGGCUAACAAUCUCCUUUCCCUUCCUCCCCAACAACAAACACCCUGUGAGGUGAGUGAGGCUGAGACUUCAGAAAAGUGUGACUAGCCCAAGGUCACCCAGCAGCUGCAUGUGGAGGAUCAGGGAAGCGAACUCGGUUCACCAGAUUAUGAGUCCACCACUCUUAACCACUACACCACGCUGGCUCACGUGCAUUAGAAGUGGCAUCAUUGUCAUACCGGGGAGACACUACGAUGGAUGCCUGUGGAUUGAAAUGCCUUGCUUUGUUUGCUUAUUCAGGGAGUAUGCUUUAGGAAUGGGUUGUUAUUUGCCUUAAAUUUAAACCCUUUGGGUUUUACUGGUAUAAAUUUUGCAUUGGGUGAACUGCAGUUAUAUAACCCACUCUGUUUGGGUGUAAACAAGAUGUGUAGGACCAGCUCUUGCAGGUUUCCAUCCAGAGCUAAUGUUAUUUGUGCCCUCCUGCCAGCUGAAAGUGCCUUCCACACAUACAAGAUGCUGUUUUACAUCUGAAGCUAGAUGAGAGGAGCCAUAGCUGAAUGGCAGACUUGAUGCUUUGCACACAGGAGGUGCUACCUUCUCAAUUCCUAGCACCUCUAGGUAUGACUGGAGAAGGGUCCCUCCUGAAACCAUGGCAAGCCACGCCUAGACUAUAUAAACAGCACCUACUAUGUUCACUCACCUUCCUAGGCUGCAGAAGUAAAACUAAAUCUAAAUAUUUCUUCCACGUACGCAACCUUUGAGGCAUUCAGAAACAUAAGUACUUCUGUAGAACCACCCAUUUUAGCAGCGCAUAAAUUGUUGCCUGAAGCUCACGUUAAAGCUUUCCUGAAGCCAUGCUAGAAUUUUGUUUCCUUUCACUCCUUGUUCUUUGGACCCAGCCCAUUGCAUCCAGAAUAAGACACUGUCUAAAGACUAGUUGUGAAGCAGAAUGCAAAGGUCAUCCAUUCCAGUCCCAAGACAUUUGCACAUAGCAUUACUACCUAGCUACACAUUUUUUUGGAAGUAACAAACCUAUUUUAUGUUGCCAUGUUCAGAACCUGAGAAGUGCCCUGCUUUUAUUUGAGCAAGGGUCCAUCUGAUUUGAAAUCACUGUUC